UUCAACCGUCAACAAUACCCAGUUUACACAAAUUAAAAAUGCUAUUCCAAGUGUGUUAACUACUAGCGAUAAUUUAAUUGAAAUAGUUUACGACGAUGACAUUAAAAGUGCGACUAGUAACCUUAAAUCUGCCUGUUCUACCCUUAGUAGUAUCAGGGUUGAAAAAGAUAGCAGUCUCAGCAUAAUUUAUGAAAAUGUUGUAAAAACUGCCUACAUUAACUGCAGUAAAGUUUUUCGAUUAGCAAAAGAGGUAGUUCAGGAAACCAAAAAUUUUAUGGAUAAGUAUAAUGCAAUAGAUUCAGUUGACGAAUUUAAGAUUAGUAUGAAAGAAGAUGCCUCUAGACAAAGAAAAUUUGUUGAAUAUACAUUACAACUCCACAUUGAAAUCAAAGCAGAUUUCAUGAAAGAACAUAAACAAUAA